AACGGUUCAGUUUUACGUUUCGACAUUACCAGUUCCCUCUCUCUCUCACUCUCCCCGGCUGAUCUACUCCUACUCACCGGUUGUUUUCAAUGAUCUAGGCUGGUGGGAUCUAUGAUUCGCCGUGGGUGGUAGAGAGCUCGUCGGAGGGUUUGAGUUAGAGAAACAGCGUUUGUGAAGCGGUUUUUGAGGCGGGGUUGGAGGAGGAGGAGAGGAGAUGGAUAUAACGGAGGUGUCGGUGAUUCAUCACGUGGGAAUAGUGCUGCUAUGCCUUUGGUUGCUUUCUAGCUUCAAUUGGUGCCACCCGGUCGCCUACUUCGUGUCUCUCAUCUAUCUCUUUUUGGUUCAUGAGCGGUAUGUUACAAGAUUGCGGAGGAAAUUACAGUUUGAAGAAAGAAAACAAGCAAAUCAGAGAAAGGUGCUUUCUGAUUCUGAAUCGGUGCGGUGGUUGAACCAUGCAGUUGAAAGGAUAUGGCCCAUAUGUAUGGAGCAAAUUACUUCACAGAAGAUUCUCCUGCCCAUCAUACCUUGGUUCUUGGAGAAGUACAAACCAUGGACUGUUAAGAAAGCAGUGGUUCAGCACCUGUACAUGGGAAGAAACCCACCUAUGUUCACAGAAAUGAGGGUUCUCCGCCAGUCUUCUGAUGACGACCACUUGGUUUUGGAGUUAGGGUUGAAUUUUCUCACAGCUGAUGAUAUGAGUGCAAUACUUGCCGUGAAGCUAAGGAAAAGAUUGGGAUUUGGAAUGUGGGCAAAGUUGCAUAUAACGGGCAUGCAUGUUGAAGGGAAGGUCUUGAUUGGGGUGAAGUUCGUUCGCGAGUGGCCUUUCAUCGGUCGUUUACGGGUUUGCUUUGCUGAGCCUCCAUAUUUUCAGAUGACCGUCAAGCCUAUCUUUACUCAUGGUCUUGAUGUUACAGAAUUUCCGGGGAUCGCGGGAUGGCUAGAUAAGCUUCUAUCCAUUGCUUUUGAGCAGACACUUGUUGAGCCCAAUAUGCUGGUUAUUGACAUGGAGAAAUUUGCUUCACCACAGCCAGAGGAUUGGUUCUCCGUGGAUGAGAAGGAGCCUGUUGCCUUUGCUAAAGUAGAAGUUGUUGAAGCAUCUGACAUGAAACCAUCGGACCCAAAUGGAUUGGCUGAUCCAUAUGUAAAAGGUCAAUUGGGCUCUUACAGAUUCAGGACUAAGACGCAGAAGAAAACUCUGGCUCCAAAAUGGCAUGAGGAAUUUAAGAUCCCCAUUGUUACAUGGGAGUCGCCCAAUAUACUAGCUAUUGCAGUUCGUGACAAGGACCAUUUUGUCGAUGACACAAUGGGAGACUGUUCUGUGAACAUUAAUGAUUUUAGGGAUGGCCAGAGACAUGACAUUUGGUUGCCUCUUCAGAAUAUUAAAAUGGGGAGGUUGCAUCUUGCAAUUUGUGUCCUUGAAAACAGUCAAAAGGUGGAUGAUCAUCCAUGUGACCAAAAAACACCGAGUAUGGAAGAUAAAAGAGAUUCCUUUGCGAAUGAGACUGCUAUCAAAGGUUCUUUCUCAUCUGUAUCAUCAGAAAAGUCUCCAAGAGUGGCAGAUAAGUUUGAGCCAAUUGACAUUGAAGGGCAAAAAGAUACUGGGAUAUGGGUCCAUCACCCAGGAAGUGAAAUUUCACAAAUAUGGGAGCCUAGAAAAGGAAAGAGUCGGCGCACUGAUACCGAAAUUCACGGGGAGCCUAAUGAUUCCAUAAGCAGCUCUAAUGCAGCAGUGUCUGGAUCCCCUAAAAAUGACAGCAGCAGCACUGAUGAAAAUCCUGAUGAUAAGCGACCAAUGACAUCAGUUCAGAGAGGCAUAAGGAAGAUAGGUUCAGUAUUUUACAAGAGUCCCAAAAAGGAGGAUCACACAGGCAGCUUCGUGGGGGUUGUUCAGUCCCCACGUAUUAAUCUUAGGGCAGUCAAUGCGAUGGAGAUUGGUGUGAAGUUUGUUGUGGACGACAACCCUAGUGGACCUGCCUCUGGUAAGAAUCCCAAAGAAGAGAAUGCAAAUCUUGACGAGAAUUGUCCAGAAAGCCCAAGCAAAGGAAAUAUGAAAGAUAUGGCAAAGAGUUUUCUAAAACAGGCUGGCAAAUCUGCUCGUGGCAUAAAGCAUGCACUUUCCCGGAAAGGAUCAAGAACAUCUCGAGGUGAGAUGCCGGCGGGGACACAGAGAGAAAGUAUAGCAGAGUCCGACUCUUCUGAUGAUGAAUCCAGUAGUUGUUCCCCUGGAGUUGAAAGGAUUCCAGUUAUUUCCAAGGCCAUAUCCUCUGGCUGUGGUAACGAUUCGUUAAAUUCCGAGGAACAUGCAGUUCAGACGGAUGAAGUUGGAAUGGAUACUGAAUGCCCAAUAGAAAAUGAAAGUCAUGAAGACUUGGAUAGGAAAUAUGACAAGCAGGGCAGCCCUGACGGUCGUGGUGAUGUAGUGGAAGAGUCCUUACAACCCAGGCUUGCUGGAGUAGUGGAUUUGGAAGCAGAGAAAAAGGUAGCAUGUUGGGAAGACAGUCAGAAGAUAGCCUCGCAGUGAUCUUAUUGUGGGGCAUGUGCAGAAUCCGUGAAUUUUGAAAUUUAUUACAACCAAUGUUAUCAUUCUGCAUUUUUUUUUUCUCGCUCAAUUACAUACAAAUGGUUUGGUGAAUAUGCUGCAGUUUAUAGGUGCUUUAUAUUCAUUUGUGAGUAUAGUAGGAAAUUAUGUAAAUCCUUUUGAGAAAGUACUUGUAAAAACGUUCACAUGUGAAUUCCUUUAAAAGAAACUAUAGUUUUACAGAA